GCGGCGGCGGCGGCGGCGGCAGGAGCAGGAGCGGCGGCGGCGGCGGCAGCGGCAUCCCCGAGACUCCCCGAGCUACCUUUCCCUGUGACAGCCACUGACGUCCUCCGCCGCUAGAAGAGACCCCGCUUCUCCGGCGCCUGCCUUCCCUCCCCCCCCAGCCCCGGCCCCGCCAGCACCGCUACCUCCGCCAGCUUUGCCACCAUCAGCACCACCUCCACCACCGCCGCCGCCACCGCCACCACCACCACCGCCGGCGGCGGCAGCAGCCAUUUCAUCUCCACAGAAACCAGACACAAAAACAUGGCAGAAAUGGAGAAAGAAGGGAGACCUCCGGAAAAUAAAAGGAGCAGGAAACCGGCUCACCCAGUGAAAAGGGAGAUCAAUGAGGAAAUGAAGAACUUUGCGGAAAACACCAUGAAUGAACUCCUUGGCUGGUAUGGCUAUGAUAAGGUUGAAUUAAAAGAUGGCGAAGAUAUUGAAUUCAGGAGCUACCCUACAGAUGGAGAGAGCAGGCAGCACAUUUCUGUUCUCAAAGAAAAUUCUUUGCCAAAACCAAAAUUACCUGAGGACAGUGUUAUUUCACCAUACAAUAUAAGCACAGGCUAUUCAGGGCUUGCCACUGGAAAUGGACUCAGUGACUCACCUGCAGGGUCAAAGGAUCAUGGCAAUGUGCCCAUUAUUGUACCUUUAAUUCCUCCCCCUUUCAUAAAGCCACCAGCAGAAGAUGAUGUGUCAAAUGUACAAAUAAUGUGUGCCUGGUGCCAGAAAGUGGGAAUCAAGCGCUAUUCCCUGAGUAUGGGAAGUGAGGUGAAAAGCUUCUGCAGCGAGAAGUGCUUUGCAGCCUGCCGGCGAGCCUACUUCAAGAGAAACAAGGCUAGAGAUGAAGAUGGACAUGCUGAAAAUUUUCCCCAGCAGCACUAUGCUAAGGAAACUCCAAGGCUUGCCUUCAAGAAUAACUGCGAACUACUUGUAUGUGACUGGUGUAAGCACAUAAGACACACAAAAGAAUACCUGGAUUUUGGGGACGGGGAAAGAAGGCUUCAGUUCUGCAGUGCAAAAUGCCUCAAUCAAUACAAAAUGGACAUUUUCUACAAAGAGACACAAGCCAAUCUUCCAGCUGGGCUGUGCAGCACAUUACACCCUCCCAUGGAAAAUAAAGCAGAAGGCACUGGGGUGCAGCUGCUUACUCCAGACUCUUGGAAUAUCCCGCUAACAGAUGCUCGGAGGAAGGCACCCUCCCCAGUGGCUGCAGCUGGCCAAAGCCAGGGCCCUGGCCCGUCGGCGUCCGCCACGGUCUCUCCAUCUGACACUGCCAACUGCUCUGUUACUAAAAUCCCCACGCCGGUACCCAAGUCCAUCCCCAUCAGCGAGACUCCAAACAUCCCUCCUGUUUCUGUCCAGCCACCUGCCAGCAUCGGGCCUCCCCUUGGCGUCCCGCCUCGCAGCCCUCCCAUGGUGAUGACCAACCGGGGCCCUGUGCCGCUGCCCAUCUUCAUGGAGCAGCAGAUCAUGCAGCAGAUCCGCCCGCCCUUCAUCCGCGGGCCUCCGCACCACGCUUCCAACCCCAACAGCCCCCUGCCCAAUCCCCUGCUACCCGGCAUCGGGCCCCCGCCCGGAGGCCCCAGGAACCUGGGCCCCACUUCCAGUCCCAUGCACCGGCCCAUGCUAUCGCCCCACAUCCACCCCCCGAGCACCCCCACCAUGCCGGGGAACCCCCCGGGCCUGCUGCCCCCGCCACCCCCCGGCGCCCCCUUGCCUAGUCUUCCCUUCCCGCCUGUGAGCAUGAUGCCAAAUGGCCCGAUGCCGGUGCCCCAGAUGAUGAAUUUCGGGCUGCCGUCGCUCGCCCCUCUGGUGCCACCCCCCACCCUGCUCGUGCCAUACCCCGUGAUCGUGCCCCUGCCGGUGCCCAUCCCCAUCCCAAUUCCCAUCCCCCACGUCAAUGAUUCCAAGCCCCCUAACGGAUUCUCCAGCAACGGGGAGAACUUCAUUCCGAGCGCCCCCGGGGACUCCUCGGCGGCAGGAAGCAAGCCAGGCGGACAGUCCCUGUCCCCCCGGGACUCCAAGCAGGGCUCGUCCAAGUCGGCGGACUCUUCGCCCGGCUGCUCGGGCCAGGCCCUGAGCCUGGCGCCUGCUCCCGCGGAGCACGGCCGCAGCGAGGUGGUGGACCUGACGCGGCGCGCCGGCAGCCCCCCGGGCGCGGGAGGCCCGCUCGGCUUCCCCGGCGUGCUGCAGGGCCCGCAGGACGGCGUCAUCGACCUGACCGUGGGCCACCGCGCCCGGCUGCACAACGUGAUCCACCGCGCGCUGCACGCGCACGUCAAGGCGGAGCGCGAGCCGGGCGCCGCGGAGCGCAGGACCUGCGGCGGCUGCAGGGACGGCCACUGCAGCCCGCCCGCCGCCGGGGACCCCGGCCCGGGCGCCCCCGCGGGUCCCGAGGCGGCCGCGGCCUGCAACGUCAUCGUGAACGGCACGCGCGGCGCCACUGUCGCCGCCGCCGAGGGCGCCAAGAGCGCGGAACCGCCUCCUGAGCAGCCGCCGCCGCCGCCCGCGCCCCCCAAGAAGCUGCUGUCGCCCGAGGAACCGGCGGUGAGCGAGCUGGAGUCCGUCAAGGAGAACAACUGUGCUUCCAAUUGCCACCUGGACGGGGAGGCGGCCAAAAAGCUGAUGGGGGAGGAGGCCCUGGCGGGGGGCGACAAGUCAGACCCGAACCUUAAUAACCCCGCGGACGAGGACCACGCCUAUGCUCUGCGGAUGCUGCCCAAGACCGGCUGCGUGAUCCAGCCUGUGCCAAAACCCGCCGAGAAGACUGCCAUGGCGCCCUGCAUCAUCUCCUCGCCCAUGCUCAGCGCCGGGCCCGAGGACCUGGAGCCGCCACUCAAAAGGAGGUGCCUCCGAAUUAGAAAUCAGAAUAAGUAAAAGGAAUGCUCACUCACAGGGUACCUUGCAUGGAGAGCGGGCGCGGAGCAAACCAUGUCACACCAUCCAAUGACACCAGCUGGUC